AACUCGAAGGAGGCAGAGGCGGGUGGAUCUCUUGAAUCUGAAUCUAGGCUAUUCUACAUAGCUAAUUCAAGACUGACUAUCCAGCGCCUUACAGUCUGUAAGCCACUCUAAUAAAUCUCAUAUAUUUAUGCUAUAAGUUCUGUUCCUCUAGAGAACCCUAACACACUGUCUAAAACAAAAAACCUGAAUUAAGGGGCAGGAUCCGUGGUGGGAGAGAAGAGAGACUGGGGUUGGAGGAGAGAGAAAGACACAGGCUGGUAGAGGUGUCAGGAAAGCUAAAGGAAUUUUAUUAUUCAUGGAGUUGUGGUGUGCACAUGCACCCGUGGCUCUCAGAGGUCAGAGAAGAGCAUUGAUACUUCCUCUUUCGCCGUCCCCUUGACUGUUUUGAGACAGGCUGUCUCCCAGAAUCAGAAGCUCACCGUUUUGGCUAGCCAGCAAGCUUAAAGUAUUGGCUAAUUGCUGUCCCCGUUCCUCUAAUGCUGGUGUUAACAGGCUCUUAGCCCCUGGGUUUUCUCUGCAGCUCCAGGAGUUGUUCUAAACUUUGGAAGGCAAUAAUUUUUCUUUUGGAUAGGUCAGGGGUGGGCACAAAAUACCGUAAUGUUCCCUAGGAGUCCAUCCCCAUGUGCGUCUGUGAGGGGCUUCUCAGUAUACGUGUCGGCUCCCUCUCUCUCUGUGGGGUCGCUGUUGAAGCUGAAUGCUUUCUGUAGGUCUUGACAACGGCUAGAGACAGCCAGGGUUUAGGUCUGAGAAGACCUUCGGGCCUGCUAAGUGAGUGGUAUAGACUUUGACCACUGCUGCCUUGCCUUAGGUCUGGAGUGAGCUUCUCACAGCAGCUUUGAGUCUGGGGACUGAGUAGCUUCCCCAGACUAAUUCACCCAGGACACCCCCCAACCCCACCCUGCUACUUUUCCUAACCUACCCUCGCUCCCCUCCCCCUUUGCUGCAGUAUCAGAAGCAUGCCUCAUUCUGGAGCCCCUCUUUCUACCCCAAGAGCUCUGCGUCUGCCCUACCCACAGCCGACAGCAGAGGGGGCCCUCUACCUUGGGAUGGUGGUCCGGGCUGGCAGGACCGAGUCUGAGCUGGGGGCGGAUGAGAAAGUGGGAAGGUUUGAGCGGGGAAGGUGGGCGAGGGUGGGUUGCAAGUGGGAGCAACGAGAGUAUGCCGGACCGGUGAACCAGAGAAAGAAACGGGGCUCUUGAAGGAACUCCUCUGGCUCAGAGGGCACGGGAUUGCCGCAGCCUCAGCGCUAAAUGCAAAUGAUGCAAAUUACUAUGCAAACCUGCAGCUCCUCUCCGAGCCCACAACUUGGGUGGCUUUCCUAACGCUGUUGGGGUUGGGGAAACCGCAGUACACGUUUCUCCCAGGCCGCGGCUUUCUCCUGGAAAGACAGCAGAGGCAUCGGGGGAAGAGCUAGCCUCUGCCCACCGCCGGGGCCUGCCCUUAGAGGUUCAGUUUGCCCUUCCAUAAGCAAGGGUGCAAACGCGGCGUUCUGACAACUCGCCCCGGGGAGCGGGAUAUAGAUGAACCCGGAAACCAUGCAUCCUGCCUCGGGGUAUGAGUUGGGCAUAUGACCCUCCCCCCCCCCUUUCUGCUCCUAGUUCUCAAGCCCUUUCCUUAUCUCUUGAUAGGGACCAGGAACGCAGCUUGGCAUGACGUUGCUAGGGGGUGUGAUCGGCGGUUGCUAGGUUCUAGGAAUGUUGCUAUGCAACGCCGGGCAGGGCCCUGGUUGCUAGGCCGAGGAGGAGUCGCCCGCUGCCCAAAGGGUUCUAGCGAACUGCGCCCGCCCCCACCAGGACCGGCAUUGGCACCCCCAGGCUGGACGCAGUCUCUGGGGUUCCUUCCGGUUCACACCCUCUGUCACUCCGUGAUCCUCUGGGCUCCAGAGCGAGGAACCCUGGGUCUUUGUACACGUGUCUGUGCGCCUGCUGGUGCAGGGGGGUGGGGGUAGAAUGUCUCUUUUGAAUUUCCAUAGCAACUGCUCCCGUGUCACCCUACUGCUCCCAAAGGUUUAAGCAGUUGCGUUACAAAUUUACAUAUAUCUGCAUGUCAUUAACAUAGAGGCGGAGCCGGAACUUGUUUGGGCAACUAUCCCUGCUGGACAGUUCUCCUCGCACUGCUUUCAUCCCGUCCGAUGGCCACCUGGACUGCGCAUGCGGCAAGGGACAUAGGAUGACCCCAGCCUGUCCCCUCUUACUGUCUGUGAUUCUGUCCCUGCGCCUGGCCACGGCCUUCGACCCUGCCCCCAGUGCCUGCUCUGCCCUGGCCUCGGGCGUGCUCUACGGGGCCUUCUCACUGCAGGACCUCUUUCCCACCAUCGCCUCGGGCUGCUCCUGGACCCUGGAGAACCCAGACCCCACCAAGUACUCGCUCUACCUGCGCUUCAACCGACAGGAGCAGGUGUGCACACACUUUGCCCCGCGCCUGCUGCCCCUGGACCACUACCUGGUCAACUUUACGUGUCUGCGGCCUGGUCCGGAGGAAGCCACAGCCCGGGCGGAAUCAGAAGUGGGGCGGCCAGAGGAGGAAGCGGAGGCCGAGGCAGCAGCCACGGGCUUGGAGCUGUGUGGUGGCUCAGGCCCUUUCACCUUUCUGCACUUCGACAAGAACUUCGUGCAGCUGUGCCUGUCGGCUGAGCCCUCGGAGGCCCCACGUCUGCUAGCGCCUGCUGCCCUGGCCUUCCGCUUUGUGGAGGUUUUGCUUAUCAACAACAACAACUCCAGCCAGUUCACCUGCGGCGUGCUCUGCCGCUGGAGUGAGGAGUGUGGUCGGGCUGCAGGCAGGGCUUGUGGCUUUGCUCAGCCAGGGUGUAGCUGCCCUGGGGAGGCUGGGGCCAGCCCUGCCACCACCACACCUCCGGGGCCUCCAGCUGCCCACACCCUGUCCAAUGCCUUGGUGCCUGGGGGCCCAGCCCCUCCUGCUGAGGCCGACUUGCACUCGGGGAGCAGCAAUGACCUGUUCACCACCGAGAUGAGAUACGGUGAGGAGCCGGAAGAGGAACCGAAGGUGAAAACCCAGUGGCCAAGGUCUGCAGAUGAGCCUGGGCUAUACAUGGCGCAGACAGGCGACCCAGCAGCUGAGGAGUGGUCCCCGUGGAGCGUGUGUUCCCUGACGUGUGGGCAGGGUCUGCAGGUGCGGACCCGCUCCUGCGUGUCCUCCCCCUAUGGGACCCUGUGCAGCGGGCCCCUUCGGGAGACCCGGCCUUGCAACAAUUCAGCCACCUGCCCAGUGCACGGCGUGUGGGAGGAGUGGGGGUCCUGGAGCCUGUGCUCCCGCAGCUGCGGGCGGGGGUCCCGGAGUCGGAUGCGGACCUGCGUGCCCCCCCAGCACGGCGGCAAGGCCUGCGAGGGUCCCGAGCUGCAGACUAAACUCUGCAGUAUGGCCGCCUGCCCGGUGGAAGGCCAGUGGCUAGAAUGGGGUCCCUGGGGCCCAUGCUCCUCAUCUUGUGCCAAUGGGACCCAGCAGCGCAGCCGGAAGUGCAGUGUGGCCGGUCCAGCCUGGGCCACGUGCGCAGGUGCCCUCACCGAUACCCGUGAGUGCAGCAACUUCGACUGUCCAGCCACUGAUGGCAAGUGGGGGCCAUGGAACGCAUGGAGCCUGUGCUCCAAGACGUGUGACACGGGCUGGCAACGCCGCUUCCGCAUGUGCCAGGCUUCCGGCACGCAGGGCUACCCUUGCGAGGGCACGGGAGAGGAGGUGAAACCCUGCAGUGAGAAGAGGUGUCCAGCCUUCCAUGAGAUGUGCAGAGACGAGUACGUCAUGCUCAUGACGUGGAAGAGGGCAGCGGCUGGCGAGAUCAUUUACAACAAAUGUCCCCCUAAUGCCUCGGGUUCUGCUAGCCGCCGCUGUCUCCUCAGUGCCCAGGGCGUGGCAUACUGGGGACUGCCCAGUUUCGCUCGUUGUAUAUCUCAUGAAUACCGAUACCUGUACCUGUCACUUCGGGAGCACCUGGCUAAGGGCCAGCGCAUGCUGGCAGGUGAGGGCAUGUCGCAGGUGGUGCGGAGCCUACAGGAGCUCCUGGCUCGGCGUACUUACUACAGCGGGGACCUGCUCUUCUCUGUGGACAUUCUAAGGAACGUCACUGACACCUUCAAGAGGGCCACCUAUGUCCCUUCCGCUGAUGACGUGCAGCGUUUCUUCCAGGUGGUGAGCUUUAUGGUGGACUCAGAAAACAAGGAUAAGUGGGACGACGCUCAGCAGGUGUCGCCUGGCUCUGUGCACUUGCUGCGUGUUGUGGAAGAUUUCAUUCACCUCGUGGGCGACGCUCUCAAGGCCUUCCAGAGCUCUCUGAUUGUCACGGACAACCUGGUGAUCAGCAUUCAGAGAGAGCCUAUCUCAGCGGUGUCCAGUGACAUCACAUUUCCCAUGCGGGGCCGCAGGGGCAUGAAGGACUGGGUACGACAUUCAGAGGAUCGCCUCUUCCUACCCAAGGAGGUGCUCAGCCUGUCCUCCCCAGGGAAGCCAGCCACACCUGGGGCAGCCACAGCGGGCAGCCCGGGCAGGGGGAGGGGCCCAGGAACGGUGCCCCCUGGCCCAGGCCCCGCCCACCAGCGCCUUCUCCCAGCUGACCCCGAAGAGUCCUCCUCCUACUUUGUGAUCGGUGCUGUGCUCUACCGCACCCUUGGCCUCAUCCUGCCGCCCCCCAGGCCUCCACUUGCUGUCACCUCCCGGGUGAUGACAGUGACUGUGCGUCCCCCCACCCAGCCUCCAGCGGAGCCCCUCAUUACAGUAGAGCUCUCGUACAUCAUCAAUGGCACCACUGAUCCCCACUGUGCCAGCUGGGACUACUCGAGAGCAGAUGCCAGCUUGGGGGACUGGAACACUGAGAGCUGCCAGACCUUGGAGACCCAAGCAGCUCACACCCGCUGCCAGUGCCAGCACCUGUCCACCUUUGCCGUCCUGGCCCAGCCACCCAAGGACCUGACUCUGGAGCUGGCGGGUGCUCCCUCUGUCCCCCUGGUGAUCGGCUGUGCGGUGUCCUGCAUGGCCCUGCUCACGUUGCUGGCCAUCUAUGCAGCCUUCUGGAGGUUUAUAAAGUCAGAACGCUCCAUCAUCUUGCUGAACUUCUGCCUGUCCAUCCUGGCUUCCAACAUCCUGAUCCUCGUGGGCCAGUCCCGGGUGCUGAGCAAGGGCGUAUGCACCAUGACAGCUGCCUUCCUACACUUCUUCUUUCUGUCCUCCUUUUGCUGGGUGCUUACAGAGGCCUGGCAAUCCUAUCUGGCUGUCAUCGGGCGGAUGCGCACCCGCCUGGUUCGCAAGCGCUUCCUCUGCCUGGGCUGGGGUCUGCCUGCCCUGGUGGUGGCUGUGUCUGUUGGCUUUACUCGCACCAAAGGAUACGGCACAUCCAGCUACUGCUGGCUGUCCCUAGAGGGUGGCCUGCUCUACGCCUUUGUGGGUCCAGCAGCAGUCAUCGUCCUGGUGAACAUGCUCAUCGGAAUCAUCGUCUUCAACAAGCUCAUGGCUCGAGAUGGCGUCUCAGACAAGUCUAAGAAGCAGAGGGCCGGGUCGGAGCGGUGCCCCUGGGCCAGCCUGCUCCUCCCCUGCUCAGCGUGUGGAGCGGUCCCCAGCCCCCUGCUCAGCUCAGCCUCGGCCAGGAAUGCCAUGGCUUCCCUCUGGAGUUCCUGCGUGGUACUGCCUCUCCUGGCGCUUACCUGGAUGUCCGCUGUCCUGGCCAUGACAGAUCGCCGCUCCGUCCUCUUCCAGGCGCUCUUUGCUGUUUUCAACUCUGCACAAGGCUUUGUCAUCACCGCCGUGCACUGCUUCCUGCGCCGAGAGGUCCAGGAUGUGGUAAAGUGCCAGAUGGGUGUGUGUCGGACUGAUGAGAGUGAAGACUCCCCAGACUCGUGCAAGAACGGACAGCUGCAGAUCCUGUCAGACUUUGAAAAGGACGUGGAUCUGGCUUGUCAGACAGUUCUGUUCAAGGAGGUCAACACUUGCAACCCGUCCACCAUCACCGGCACUUUGUCCCGCCUGUCUCUGGAUGAGGAUGAGGAGCCCAAGUCCUGUCUCGUGGGUCCUGAGGGUGGCCUCAGCUUCUCACCACUGCCUGGGAACAUCCUAGUACCCAUGGCAGCCUCGCCAGGUCUGGGGGAGCCACCACCACCACAGGAGACCAACCCUGUGUACAUGUGUGGGGAGGGUGGCCUGCGGCAAUUGGACCUUACAUGGCUACGGCCAAGUGAACCAGGCUCUGAGGGGGACUACAUGGUGCUGCCCCGGCGGACUUUGAGCCUGCAGCCUGGCGGUGGGGGUACAGGGGGUGAGGAGGCACCAAGGGCCCGGCCUGAGGGGACCCCCCGGCGGGCUGCCAAGACAGUGGCCCACACUGAAGGCUACCCCAGCUUCUUGUCUGUGGAGCACUCGGGUCUAGGGCUGGGCCCUGCCUAUGGGUCUCUCCAGAACCCAUAUGGGAUGACCUUCCAACCACCACCACCAACACCCAGCGCCCGCCAAGUACCAGAGCCAGGAGAACGUAGCCGGACCAUGCCCCGUACAGUGCCUGGUUCCACCAUGAAGCUGGGCUCCCUUGAGCGAAAGAAGCUUCGGUAUUCUGACUUGGACUUUGAGAAGGUGAUGCAUACCCGGAAACGGCACUCGGAACUCUACCACGAACUCAACCAGAAGUUCCACACUUUCGACCGCUACCGUAGCCAGUCCUCAGCCAAGGAGAAACCCAGCCCCCCUGGGGGACGCCCUGGCUUGUCCCAGCACAGGAGGCAUCAAAGCUGGAGCACUUUCAAAUCUAUGACACUGGGCUCACUGCCCCCCAAACCUCGAGAACGGCUGGCUCUGCACCGGACAGCAGCCUGGGAGCCCACAGAACCGCCAGACGGCGACUUCCAGACAGAGGUGUGAGUGCCACGCCGGACUGCCCACUGCACAGAAAUAUAUAUCUAUUUUCACACUCCACUUUGGAACUACCAGGAGCCAGCGCCCCUCCCCCUCCCGAGGCUGGGCAGGAGGUGCAGAGGACUCAGCCUGGCUGGGGGCAGCCAGACUGGCAGGGCCUGGGGGCCAGGGCCCCUCCUGGUUCUCAGAGGUCCCUUAGCCACUCACCAGAGCCUCAUCUUUGCCCCAGCCUGUCUGUCCCUGUCCUGGGCUGGGGAGGGGGGAGGGAAACUUUGUUGGGAAUAAACUUCACUCUGUGGA